AUGGCCCACUCCCCGGACGCAGACGAGGCCGCCGCCGCCGCCGGGGUCUUCUCCAAGCACGGCUGCUGCAGCUUCUGGAUCCCUUGGCCCUCCUCCGUGCGAGGGUGCAAGGCCUGGGAGCGCAUUCCCAGCGGCGAAGGCGGAUGCCCUGCGGCCAGCCGCCGGUGGUGGGGCCGGGGCCUCCGCGCCCUGCUCAAGGUCGGACAGGCGUCCAGGGCCAUGGCUAGCCGCCGCUUGAGGACCCUCAUCCGGCGGUUCCGUCGUCGUGACGGUCGUCCCCGGCACCGCCGCAGCUUCAGCUACGACGCCCUCAGCUACGCCCGCAAUUUCGACGAGGGGACGCAGGCCGGCGACUCGGACGUCGACAACGUCCGCCUGGGAUUCUCCAUCCGCUACGCCAGCUCGCAUUCACCGCCGACCAAGCCGCUGGUGGAUCUUUCCCCGCCCUUCGCCGGCGCCACCCAUUGA